AGAAAUCAUACGUCCGAGAGUGAUCUUUCGGGAAGCAGGAAGUUCGUCUCCACGAGCAAGCUGCAUCUGUGCCGCCAACAUGCAGAAUCUACCCCCAGCCAAAGAGAGGGGUAACAUGAGCGCCCUCAGAACUCAUAAAAGUCGCGAAAGAGCACCGGAAAACGAAAGAAAUGAUUUCUUCGGAAUUGAGAAAAUUUGCAAACUUUCAGCAGGCGUCUGUGUGAGAUCUCACAAUGAGUAACGCUGAGACCGCUCGCCCAGUGGCCGCAGGCCCUGUCAUCGUCGCUGAAGAGAGGGAAUGGGAUGAUAGUUCUUCAGACCACGGAUCUAGCUUCGCAUCAUCGACCACCAGCUUGAAUAGCUCCAUCUUCCAACAUCGACUUGAAAAUGGCAGAACCUACCAUAAGUACAAAGAUGGCAAGUACCAUUGGCCCAACGACGAGAAAGAAUCCGAUAGACUGGACCUGCAGCACAACUUGUUCCUUCUUACGUUUCACUUCAAGCUGGGACUCGCCCCGCCUAGUGCGCAAGAUUCUGGCGUCAAGCGCGUUCUCGAUGUCGGUACUGGCACUGGUCUUUGGGCGAUCGAAUUUGCAGAUGAACACCCCGAGGCCGAGGUUUAUGGCGUUGAUCUCUCGCCUGUUCAGACGUCAGCAGUUCCUCCCAACGCCAAGUUCGAAGUUGAUGAUAUUGAGGAGCCAUGGACGUAUCAUGUGCCAUUUGACUAUAUCCACACAAGGAUGAUGACAUCCAGCGUGUCUGAUUGGAGCAAGCUUUUCAAACAAGCCUUUAAACAUCUCGAGCCUGGCGGGUAUCUGGAAAUCCAAGAAGCCGACCUUCACCCUCAUUGUGACGACGGUACCCUGAAACCAGAUCAUGCAAUGACGAAGUGGCUGAAGCUUCUUGGUGAGGCGAUGGAGAUUUUCGGCCGGCCUUUUGUCGACAUCCCUGGUCUCGUAGCCGUAAUGGAAGAAGUCGGAUUCGUCGAUGUAACUAUUGAGACUUACAAGUGGCCCAUCAAUGAAUGGCCCAAGGACUCUCAUUAUAAAGAGAUCGGGACCUGGACGCAUGCCAACUUCAUGGAAGGUCUGGAGGCCUGGACUUUGGCGCCCUAUACCCGAGCCCUGAACUGGACGAAAGAGGAGGUCUUUGUCUUCCUGGCCGAGGUACGGUCCAAUUUGAAGAACCGGAACAUUCAUGCCUACUGGCCAAUUUACUCAAUUUACGGAAGGAAACCUGGAGAGAAGAAGAAGACAACAGCGACGGAGGAGCCAGCGACGCAAGAGUAAGAAACGACGCUAUAGCAGGCACUUUUCCAUCUAUACACAGACAAUUCAAUGUGACUAUGAUUCUCUCCUAUGGCUCACCUCACGUAUUAAAGCCUUCCUAUUCGUCACUUCGUGAAGGGAUAAACUGCGGCCCCUGAAAUCUGCUCAAAGCGUUAGGAGACUAGAAGACAAAUGCCGAAGACUGAAUCUUCACAUAAAUUGUCAAAUCAUGCAGCCGCUAAAGGAAGUGCCCAUGCCUUCGUGUGUAAAACUUUCUUGAACCAUCUCUCGGACCGCCCAAUCUAUCCGUCGUAACGACCGAUAUCUGUGGCUGGAACAAUUGGACCUAUCAGGGGUUCUAAGCGAACUAUUUCUAUCACAUAUGGCUUCUUGUUUGCCCUGUCAUUCUAUGCGCGCGUAAAGCAAAC